AUGAACGCGUCGGGGCGGCUGGCGGCGGCGGCGGCGGGCGAGGAGAAGGCGCCCGGCGCGCCGCUGGCGCCGCUGCUGCCGCUGGGCGGGAACGGCUCGGCGGGCGCCGCGCCCGCGGAGCUGCGGGAGGCCGUGCACACGGCCACGCUGGCGGCCUGCGCCGCCCUGCUCGCCCUCGUCUUCUGCCUGGGCUCCUACGGGAACCUCAUCGUCCUCCUGUCCUUCUUCGACCCGGCCCUCAGGAAGUUCCGCACCAACUUCGACUUCAUGGUCCUCAACCUGUCCUUCUGCGACCUCUUCCUCUGCGGCGUGGCCGCCCCCAUGUUCGCCGUCGUCCUCUUCUUCGACUCGGCGAGGGGCGUCCCCGGCGCCUUCUGCUUCACCUUCCACCUCGCCGGCUCUGGCUUCAUCAUCAUGUCGCUCAAGACGGUGGCCGUGAUCGCCCUGCACCGGUUGCGCAUGGUGCUGGGGAAGCAGCCCCACCGCACCGCCUCCUUCCCCUGCACCCUGCUCCUCACCCUUCUCUUGUGGGCCACCAGCUUCACCCUGGCCACCCUGGCCACCCUGAAAACCCGCCGGUCCCGCCUCUGCCUGCCCAUGUCCAGCUUCGUCAGCGGCGAGGGAAGGAUCAUCCUCUACUUCUAUGUGACCGACUUCAUCUGCUGCGUGGUCGUGGUGUCUAUCUCCUACGUCAUGAUAGCCCAAGCCUUGCGAAGAAACGCCCAGGUGAGGAAGUGUCCACCCAUGGUGACAUUGGACGCCUCCCGACCGCAGCCUUUCGCUGGGCCCCCCAUGGUGGGGGCGGCUGACGGCCUGCAGUGCGCCGUGCCUGCCUUGUACAGGAACCAGAGCGGCAACAAACUGCAGCACCUGCAGACGCACGGCUACGGGAAGCCCCUCGGCCAGCUGCCGGCCCCCACUGCCAGCAGGCUUCAGCUCGUGACCGCGGUGAAUCUGUCUGCAGCCAAAGACUCCAGGGCGGUGGUGACCUGCGUCGUCAUUGUGCUUUCUGUCCUAGUUUGCUGUCUUCCCCUGGGGAUCUCUUUGGUGCAGGACAUACUGUCCAGUAGCGGUGGCUUUGUUCUCUACCAGUUUGAGCUGUGUGGAUUUACCCUCAUAUUUUUCAAAUCUGGAUUAAAUCCUUUUAUAUAUUCCCGCAACAGUGCCGGACUUAGGAGGCGAGUCCUCUGGUGCCUGCAGUAUGUAGCCCUUGUCUUUUUCUGCUGCAAGCAGAAGACAAGGCUUCGAGCCAUGGGCAAAGGGAGCCUAGAAGUCAACAGGAAUAAGUCAUCCCACCAUGAAACCAAUUCAGCUUACAUGUUGUCUCCAAAACCUCAGAAAAAGUUUGUGGACCAAGCCUGUGGUCCUAGCCAUUCCAAGGAAAGUGUGCUGAGUCCCAAGGCUUCUGUUGGGCAUCAGCACUACGCACAGAGCAGUUCAACGCCCAUGAACACCCGAAUUGAACCAUAUUAUAGUAUCUAUAAUAGCAGCCCUUCCCAGGAAGUGAGCACCCCGAAUAGCUUACAGCCGAUGAACUCGACUUUCGGAUUUGCUAAAUCCUAUAUUGCCAUGCAUUAUCACACCACCAACGACUUGGUACAAGAUUAUGAUACUGCUUCAACUAAGCAGAUACCAGUACCCUCAGUGUAACCUUAAGUAUGCCAGAGAGAACAGUUCUGAUUGAGUGGAUCCCCUUCUUUGCUUCUAUUAAUGAUGAUUCUAAACUCGGAGAUACAGUAUUGUAUACAACUGCCAAUGAAAAAAUACCAUUAUUGUUAAUGUGUUGAUGAUUUUUACUGCUGAAAGAGUAAAUAAAGUAAAUGCCAGAAAUACAUAAUUCAUUUUGUCAUGAGGCAAACUGUCUCAGAGAACAAUCUGUGCCAGAGGAAUUAUCUAUCAAAUUGCACACUUGCUGCAUUUUCAAGAAGGAAGAAUUUGGAGGAUGCUUGGUACUGUGGUACUUAGGUUUAAGCCCAUUUUCAUUGCAGAAGGUUGAAAGGCCUUUUGAAAAUUAUUUUGGUGUAGCAAGUGUCAGUAAUAACAAAAGUUUUCUCUAUCCCAGAUGAAAUUCUAAUUCCAUUGAGGUAAACAGCAAAAUUUCUAUAAACUUCAAUUUUACAUUAGGGUUUCAACCUCAGCUUUAUAAAGCAGGUCUAGGCUGUUUACAAAUAGUAACAUAUUGCUACUAGGGAAGGACUUUUGAGAGGUAUUGUGGCCGUGUAAUAAACCUUUAAAAUAUCUCUAUUGUUUUUUGCUGUACAUAUAUUUUAAGGAUUGGUGCCAUUUCAUACCCCAAAAUAAUGUUUUGAGAAAUAUUUUUUUCACUGAUAUAAAUAACUGUGCAAUACCUAAUUAUAGAUUUGAGGAUAUAAAUGAUUACUGCAAUAUUCUAGUACUGACAUCUAUUAGUAAUGCAAUCACCUCUAGAAUUUUCUAACUCAUAAAACACGAAGAGUAGUGUUGCUAGUUGUUUUUUUGUCUAUGACUUUAUAGUGGAUUAAAAAGCGGAUUUGGGGGGAUUCUGAUGAUAAUCCCAACAGGUAGAGCUUGCAGCUCUUAACAUGUUUAGAAAUAGAAUGACCAAGUAAGAAGAUGACUACACUUUUUUGAGAUUUUCUUAUGUAGUAAAAUGUUUAAAAAUUCUAAUGUCAGUUUGAUUUAAAGAUUAAUAAUCUAC